CUACUCGUCUUCCCCCUCCCUCUCCUACACACACAAGCCGGAGAAGGUAGUUCAACCCGAGGGGACGGAAUCCAUCCGAGGUCCAAAACACUGCGGAUUAUCCUCGUUUAAAACUAUUAUUUCAUAAAGAAAAAACCCGAUAUGGUUCCGUCGGCUGCGCAAUGGAUUUACACCGAGCGGCCUGGACCCGAGAGGCGAACUUAAAACGCUCUUUUCCCGCAACAGACGCGGACCUCUCGGCUUGAAGCGGACGACGGACCAAGGGGACCGCUGUUCUGAAGAGUGUGUUUCAAACUACUCCUGCAAAGCAAAGGGGCUGCGUUUUCAUUCGUGCUGUCGGGAAGAACUGUCGAGAUAAUCACGAUUUAGUUGUAGGUGUUUUGUGUGAGAAUAAUCUUUGCAACACACAGUCCAGCUGUUUUCUUUUAUUUUGGAGUGGAGGGGGGGGUUCUUGGAGAGGGGAGAGGGGGCUGACGACUUGUCGGGCUGACCCUUGGAGUUGGUCCUGAAAAUGGAGGCUGUGAUCGAGAAGGAAUGCAGUGCACUUGGAGGACUCUUCCAGACAGUGAUCGGAGACAUGAAAAGCAGCUAUCCUAUCUGGGAGGACUUUAUCAGCAAGGCCGGCAAGCUCCAGUCCCAGCUCAGAGCAACAGUUUUUGCUGCUGCGGCCUUCCUAGAUGCCUUCCAGAAAGUUGCCGACCUGGCUACCAACUCACGAGGUGGGACCCGAGACAUCGGCUCGGCCCUGACCAGGAUGUGCAUGAGGCACCGCGGCAUCGAGACCAAACUCAAGCAGUUCUCAAUGACCUUUGCGGACUGCCUCAUCAACCCGCUCCAGGAGCAGAUGGAGGAGUGGAAGCGGGGCGUGGCCACGCUGGAUAAGGACCACGCCAAAGAGUACAAGAGGGCUCGCAAUGAGAUCAAGAAGAAGUCUUCAGACACGCUGAAGCUGCAGAAGAAGGCGAAGAAAGGCCGCGGUGACUUCCAGCCCCAGCUGGACAGCGCCAUGCAGGAUGUGAGCGAUAAGUACAUCCUGCUGGAGGAGACGGAGAAGCAGGCCCUGAGGAGGGCGCUGAUCGAGGAGCGCCAGCGCUUCUGCUGCUUCGUGGCCAUGCUGCGACCCGUGGUGGACGAGGAGAUCUCCAUGCUCGGAGAGGUCACUCACCUCCAGACCAUCUCUGAUGACCUCAAGGCCUUGACCUCUGACCCCCACACCCUCCCCCCGGCCAGCGAGCAGGUCAUAAUGGACCUGAAGGGCUCGGACUAUCAUUGGUCCUUCCAGACUCCGCCCUCUUCCCCAAACGCCACCAUGUCAAGGAAGUCAAGCAUGUGCAGUAGUAGUCUGAACAGCGUUAACAGUACUGACUCCAGGGGCUCCAGCAGCGGCUCUCACUCUCAUUCUCCUUCCUCCUCCUCCUCCUCCUCCUCUUCCUCCACCUCCUCCUCCCACAACCUGCUCCACAACAACCACCACACCACCAACAACCACCACCACCACCACCGCCACCGCAGCUCCACGCUGCCCCUUCAGGCCCCGCCCCGCCUCUCCAGCAUCUCCUCCCACGACUCGGGCUUCACCUCCUCCUCCCACGACCAGUACGCCCCGUCCAAGUCACCCUCGCCCAUGCUGGCCGAAGCCAAGUCCUGUCCCAGUUCCAGCUCCUCUGAGGCGUCUGAGGCCCCUCUGCCUCAUGGCGACUGCGGCGGCUCCCCGUCCUCUGCUACUGCUUCUGCCCACGCUGCCGUGCCUCCGCACACUCCCGACAAGCUGACCAACGGAUUCGACCACUACGCCCCGGGGGCCGCAGACUCCCCCUACCUGGCCGGCAGGACGGGGAGUCUGGGCUCCUCCAGCGGGGCCUUCCCCCUCCUGCCCCCCUCCCCGUCCACCUCCUCCACCUCCUCCGCCUCCUCCUCCACCACCACCUGCCCCUCACGGUCGUGGCUGCGGCCCACCUCGGCCCUGCUCCCAGACUUCCCCAGCUAUUGCACCCUGAGCUCCAGCAUGCUGCCGUCGUCCAGGGUGCCCAGCUGGAAGGACUGGGCCAAGCCGGGCCCCUACGACCAGCCCAUGGUCAACACGCUGCGGCGGAGGAAGGACAAGGACCACCCCCUGGGGCCGGUCGACCCCAACACCGAGGGCCAGCGGACCAGCGCGCCGGCCACGCCCGUUUUGGCCCCGCCCACCUCAGCGCCCGCGGUCGGCAUGGCGCCCGGCUACCCCCUGGACGCAGCGGAGGAGCUGGGCUGCGGGCCCCUGGGCUCCUGUCCUCAGGCGGGGGCGCUAGAGGCCCACGACGAGCUGGCCCUGGCCCUGUCCCGAGGCCUCCAGCUGGACGCCCAGAGGUCCAGCAGGGACUCCAUGCAGUGCUCCAGUGGGUACAGCACCCAGUCCACCACGCCCUGCUGCUCAGAGGACACCAUCCCCUCGCAAGUGUCCGACUACGACUACUUCUCCAUGGCCGGCGACCAGGAGCCGGAGGCCCAGCAGCAGCCGGACUUCGACAAGUCCUCCACCAUUCCCCGCAACAGCGAGAUCAGCCAGUCCUACCGCCGCAUGUUCCAGGCCAAGAGGCCCGCCUCCACGGCCGGCCUGCCCAGCACGCAGGCCCCCUACCCCGCCGGACAGCCCAUGUACCCCGGGGGGCCCUACCCCUCCGCGGCCGGCCUGCCCAGCCCCCAGGCCCCCUACCCCGCCGGACAGCCCAUGUACCCCGGGGGGCCCUACCCCUCCACGCCAGUCCACAGCACCGCCGCCGCCGGAGGCUACCCCCCCACUCCGACAGCCUCCUGCUACUCCAGCCAGGGGUACUCCGGCCCCUCCUCCUACGGCGGCUCGUACUCGGCGAGCCAGGGCCCGCAGAUCAUCACGCCGGGGACCGCCACCAUCCGCCGCACGCCCUCCACCAAGCCGGCCGUGCGGCGCUGUGGCUCCGUCCCCGGCACGGGGCCCAUCCACAUCCGGACCCCCAUGGUCCCUGCGCUGAUCCCCACCGUGCCCGACCUGCCCCGCCUCAGCCCCGGCAGGGGCGGCGGGGAGGAGGCGGCGGCGGCGGAGGCGCAGGCGCAGGCGAGCGGAGAGCGAGGGGAGGAGAGCUCUCUGUCCCCCCCGGGCCGGGGCCGGGAGGGGCUGCCCGUGGCCUGCUGGAGCGGCCAGGCCGCCACCAACCCCCCGUCCUACGUCAGCCUGGGCUCUCCGCCCCCUGGAGGGCGGCCCGGCGGAGGCGCCCGGGAGGAGUGGGAUGGGGAGGAGCUGAUGGAGGGAGGGGCGGAGGAGGGGGGCAGCAUGCUGGCGGCCAUCCGCAAGGGGGUUAAGCUGAAGAGGACCCCCACCGACGACCGCUCGGCGCCGCGCAUGGCGUGAUCAGUCACCCAUCACGGCGACGGCGAGGGAAGAAUAUAUGUUAUAUAUAUAUAUAUAUAUAUAACUAUGAUGUGACGGUCGAGAAGAUACGUCCACGCCAACACCGUUCCGCCGUUGUAACGACGGUGGUUCUGAAAACGGAGAGAGGAUUGAAACGUACACUAGAGUAUAAAAGGGCUUCCAGAGGCUUCCACGCGGUACACCUUGCCUUUCUUUUGCACCACCUAGCAUGUUCCGCUAUAGCUGGCAGCCGUCGUGCCAGAGUGUUCGCUAUCAGGUAUUGUCGCUUAGAAUACGAUGCUUUGAAACUGUUCCAAGUGUCUAGUCAAGUAUUUUGUCACGCUUGUUUCAGGCUGAAUGCGGAUUCGUCCUCAGCCGACCUCAUUGAAGGGGUACAUUCAGGGGCAUCUUGACUCUGGUCGCGUUAACCAGGGAUAACUGACUGCUGGUCAUCAGCUGUAUGGCAUCCCCGUUGGAUAAUGCUCAACGCCGGUUUCAGUCUGAACACCUGUAGACGUGCUGAACCAGUAGACACUUUGAAUAGCUGUUCCCUACGAGACCUACCAACCCUGAACAUCUGCAAUGACAGAAAAUGGACGACACAUGUUGGACGUUGUUUGGUGUGAAUGCAAUCGAUUCAGUAAGAACGAACGCCGGAUGGAUGUGCAGCCUCAGCCAAUGCCUCGUCGGUCUACAUGUUGAGUUUAGCUGCAUUUCUGUCUCCCAAUGUCAUUUAUAGGUCCUUUUGUUUUUCCCAUGUACUUUUUUCAUAAUGCCAAAUUGUCUUUGUUUGGAAAUAGUAAAGUCACUAUAACAAGUGACUUCAUACACUGUGGUUCUUGUUAGUUUGCUGUUGUUCCACUCUACAGCAAUCACAUUAGUUUUGUGAACUGCCCUUUAUGCUUUCUCUAUAUAACCCCACUGGUUAUGAAGCUAUAAAGGAAAAUGAAUCUAGAUUGUGUACAUUUCCAAAUAAAAAUAGCCUUUUGCCGUUACAAAAUAUAUAUUAUCUUUGAUUUAUAAAUGUAAUUAAAACCAGAUAGGACGUUUAAGAUUGAUAUUGUGCUUGGCAUGUUAAUGUUGCGACGUGUUGAAAUGUUAAUCUGAGUUAUAUUCUGCAAAAAAAUACUAUCAUAUGUUUAUGCUAUCCAAUAUGUUGAACAUGUCCAUCAUAUGUAAACCAUUGUUGCUUUUUAUUUGUCGUUGGCAUAGUGUUUUCGUUUCAUUGCCGUUUUAUUUGCUCUCAACUUCAAUCUAGAUUCAAGGGCUGUUGAUUAAAGUAAUUGAUAGUCAAUUGUAUUUUCUUAAUAACAAAAUUGUUCUUUGGAGACCUAAUACCUUCAUUGAACUGCCGCAUUAAAUUAGAGCAGGUAAAAAAAGCUGUUAAAAAAAGAGCAGGUAAAAAAAACGAGGAAUAGGUUUUGUUUUGUUUUUUGCUCCAUUUAGUGUUUAUGUUCUUUGUAUUAUUGGAGCACUAUAAGACCAUGCAGAUCUAUAACUAAUGUAAAAAAGUGUAAAUAUUACUUAAGAAAAUCAUCAGUAAAUAAGAUUCGGUCAAUAGUCCAUGACCUCACACAAUGUUUUUGUUUUAUUUAUUUACCCCACAUCCCCCUCACUCUUAAGCUACUCUCUUCUCCGCUCUCUCCUGUAUUUUGGUUUCUGUUAUCUGUAUACUCUUCGGAAGAACAGAAAGAAGUGCAUUGCAAAAUAUAUUAUAGUCCAAAGUGUCCCAACAUCUGUCUCCAGUCCUAUAUCUCUGAACUGAUGAGAAAUAUCUUCUGUUUCAGGAGGUUUUUUUUUGUUUACAUGCAAAGCAGGACCACACAACUUUACUGACAAAGUUCUACCAUAAGGUAGUGCAGGUACAUCGUCCAACGGCUAUGAAAUCGCCUAAUUUUCCAUGGUUAGCUCUAUGGGAUGAAAUUUGCAUGAUCUCAAAUUAUCUUCUGUCUGAUUUUAUUAAUUGUUCUUUCUAGCAGAUGCGAGGGAACCACUUUGCCACUAGGGGGCAGUAGUGAUAUAUGCAACUGAUGGGUUACGUUAAUAGCUUUAGCACUCUUUAAUUGGCAUGGUACUGUGCUAUCGAAAUUAAUUAUGAAUUGCUUGACCUUAAAUCUUCCCGGCAUCCAACAUUUCAGUUUUUUAUGUUCAUGAUGCACGUAGCAUACGAGUUGAGGGUUUGGUUUUCGGUUCAUUCUUUGUUUUCACAUUGAAGUUUGUCUCACCGUUAUGUUUUCUACUUGUUUUAUGUAAAUCAGUAGCCGACAGGGUCCCCCAAAAUAUACGGCACUAUAAUUAAAUUGAUAUUUAAGUUUAAGACUGCUAUAAUUAGAUUGUUAUAAUUCAUAUUGUACAUUUUAGUUUCUAUAGUGCAUCUGAUGGAGGUGCAUAUUCACAGGGGUGCAAAUAUGAGAAUUUAGCAUGUUCCCAAAUUGCGCUGUUCGAUUAAAUUGUGUGAAUACAAAAAACGAAGCUAAAUCUGAUAUAGAAGCACAUACCAUAUAUAUAUAUAUAUAUAUAUAUGUAUAGAUAUAAAUGUAUAUGUAUAUAUUGAUGUAUACGUGUAUAUGUGUAUAUUUAUGUUUAUAUGUGUGGAUGUAUGUAUGUGUAUAUAUGUAUAUGUGUAUACGUAUAUAUGUACACACUUUCAGAAUUGCCAAAUGACAGUAUAACCAAGGAAUACAAAGCCUAUAGUUUAUGCAAGUUUAUCAGUAAAGCAGAUUUCUAGUUGGCCAAUGGUAGUUUAUAUAGAACAGUUGGACUCUUUCGCUCUAUUUCUUCGUCAAGUUCCAAGGGAUACGAUGCGAUGUGUUUUGAUGAGUUAAAAGGAUUGGGCUUUCUCUUUAGUUUUUUGUUUAAUGACUGCUUAAAUGAUAUAAUUAAAAAAAACAAUGUGUUCA